AUGAAUCCCGCCACGCUGUCAACGGUUGGCUUCGAUUUUGGUGCCUCUGGCAGUCAGCCAGAAGCGAAUGAUCACCUUCAGAGGUUAGCUGCAAUGACCCAAGGCGUAGGCAAAGAUGACCAUGAACAAACAGCAGCUCCAUCUACAGAUGCUGCCCUCUAUACAGGUGCAGCAGCUUAUAUGCCCGGAUAUGCCGGUUGGCCUAACUAUUAUCAACAGUUUGGACAACCGCUAGCUCCAGCAGCAUUUUCCGCUUGGCCACCGCAGUGCUAUGCAGCUCCGCAUUGGCCUAAUUAUGGUUGGUUACUGCUUUUUUAUUCAAAGUCAACUGUCGAGGUGGAAAUUUUUAAUUGA